GCACGACCAACUCCUCCUCCACAGCCUCUCUCUCUCUCUCAUCAAAUCCACGAGCUUUCUCUCUCUCUCUCUCUCUCUCUCUCUCUCUCCUCCUCCUCCUCUCCUUCUCCUUCCCAUCGCCACCAGCUUCUCCGGCCGUCCGCCAUCGCUGCUGACCGCAGCAUCCGCAGCCACAGCUUCUCCGACGCCGGCGACGGCCGUUUCCCCCCCGGAGAAUACGAAUACGGAAGAGUGUGAAUCAUGAGCGGAGGCGUCGAGCCGGAGACCCCGCCGGGUAGCAGCAGCGGCGGAAGCACGCCGGUGGGCGGCAAGCCGCCGCGCCACCACCUCACGUCCAUCCGCCACUGCGCCAGCAGCGCUCGCAUCGCCGCCGCAACCGCAGAAUUCGACCUGGGUGCGGGGACGCUGAGCUUGAUCUCGCCCACGGACAUUCGCCCUGGCUUCCUGCCGGUGUUCCGUUCCGGGAGCUGCGCCGAUAUCGGUACCAAAUCGUACAUGGAGGACGAGCAUGUGUGCGUCGAUAACCUCAUCGAGCACCUGGGAGUGCGUACACCUGUGAUCCCUGCACCGGGUGCCUUCUACGGGGUGUUUGAUGGUCAUGGUGGUACGGACGCUGCUUGUUUUGUUCGGAAGAACUUACUGAGGUUCAUAAUUGAGGAUGGUCACUUCCCCAGCAGCAUAGAGAAGGCAAUCAGGAGUGCAUUUGUGAGGGCUGAUCAUGCAAUUGCGGAUUCCCAUUCUCUUGACCGCAAUUCUGGGACUACAGCAUUGACAGCACUUAUUUUUGGCAGGACAUUGCUCGUUGCAAAUGCAGGAGACUGUCGAGCGGUAUUAGGGAAGAGAGGCCGAGCUGUUGAGUUGUCAAGAGACCAUAAACCCAGCUGCAGAAGCGAAAAGAUCAGAAUCGAGAACCUUGGUGGUACUGUCUUUGAUGGCUAUCUCAAUGGUCAGCUGUCUGUAGCAAGGGCGAUUGGUGAUUGGCACGUGAAAGGUUCCAAAGGGUCCAUAAGCCCUCUCACUGCAGAGCCAGAGUUUCAGGAGGUUAGACUCACCGAAGAAGAUGAGUUCUUAAUAAUCGGCUGUGACGGGCUUUGGGAUGUGAUGACCAGCCAGUGCGCUGUCACAAUGGUAAGGAAAGAGCUGAUGACACACAACGAUCCGGAAAGAUGCUCGCAAGAGCUAGUUCAAGAGGCUCUGCGACGGAACUCAUGCGACAACCUAACUGUAGUGGUUGUGUGCUUCUCAUCAGACCCACCACCUCAGAUCGAGGUCCCAAGAUUUCGAGUACGAAGAAGCAUUUCGAUGGAAGGAUUGCAUAUGUUAAAGGGAGCUCUUGACAGUAAUGCCUGAGUUCUCAAAACCUGCCUUCUCUGGUAACUUUGGUUGUAUGAUCUUGUUUUUCUGUUGGGUCCUUGAAAGUUUUGCUCUGUUCUUUCAGCUAUAGGUUCGAAAUAAGUUGUGUAGAAUUACUGAAAUUUUGUUGAGGUGUAGGCUAAUCAUUUUGUGAGGCGAUGAUUUAUCUGUACCGGCGCCAGCAUUUGGUUGUUCACAAUGUAAUUGACCAAUACCAGCAUUCAUAUUCUGGUACAAGUGCCAGUUAUAAUAGUUGAUCAGUUUUGUUCUACUUCA